AUGGGAAAGCCUCGCGGAAUCCGAUGUGCCCGUAAAUUGAGGGUCCACAGGAAGGAAGCUUUGUGGGCCGACAAGGACUACAAGAAGGCAAACCUGGGUACCAAGUACAAGUGCAAUCCUUUCGGAGGCACCUCCCACGCCAAGGGCAUCGUUGUCGAGAAAAUUGGCAUUGAAGCAAAGCAGCCAAACUCCGCCAUCCGCAAAUGCUGCCGUGUUCAGCUGAUUAAGAACGGCAAGAAGAUUGCGGCGUUCGUGCCAAGGGAUGGCUGCUUGAACUUCAUCGAUGAGAACGACGAGGUGCUGAUUUCCGGUUUCGGCCGACGUGGUCACGCUGUCGGUGAUAUUCCUGGCGUCCGAUUCAAGGUCGUCAAGGUGGCAGGCUGUGGCCUGGGUGCCUUGUACAGGAACAAGAAGGACAUAGUUUUUGCGAUUGCUGCCAAGAUACAAUUUUGGACCCGCAGAGGUCCUGGUCCUGCAGAUCAGAAGGCAAUGCCUGCAACGGGGUCUCCAUCGCGAAAGAAGAAGCGAUCUCCUUCGCGAGAGGCUCGUUCCAAGGUCUUGAAAGCCUCCCGGUCGAGAUCAAAGGGCGACAGCAAGAGGAAACUAAGAUCGCGGUCCAGAUCGCGUCGUUCCAAAGAUCGUGAACGAUCGCGUGAAAGACAAAAGCGACGUCGAAGAGAUAGCGACUCCAGUGACAGCCGUCGCGGAAGAGAUGGUCGCAGGCGACAACGGGUGACGAGUUCCAGCAGCUCCCUUCCCGCUCGGCGGCGACGUUCUCCGGACCGCAGACGCUCACCAGAUCGCAGACGCUCACCAGAUCGCAGGCGGAGCAGUGAUCGUGGCCGCCGUGAUCGGAAGCACAAAAAAGACAAGGACUCUGGUUCUGAAGCGAAAGCCGAAAGGGAAAGUAAGAACGACAAGAAGAAGGAUAACAAUUUCGACAAGGAAGUCAUUGACGUUGUGAGACCUGAUCCUGCCAGCAAGGAUAUAGGCACCAACGGUUUGAAAGCUACCGAGAAAACUUCCAAAUUCAGUCCGAUCGAAGCCCACCAGGUGCCUUUGACGAAUCCAUAUCCGAAGGGAUCUGCUGAGGCCUUGCGACUGGAUGCGGCGCGACUUGAGGUGGCAAGACUGCGGGCCUUGGGUCAGAUGCCUCCGCCAGCAUUGAUGAAAGAGGUGGCAGCCGGGGCCAAAGCUGCUGCCGUAGCCCCUGGAUCUGUCCAGCCGAAGCCGAAGAAAGCAGCGCCUGCUCCAUGGAUGGCGGCUCGGGCUGUCUUUGCCGGCAAGGAUGGAGAGAGUUCUAAAACCUCAGAACCUGCAACUCCAACAGGGGAUGGCAAGGAAGGUGCCGCAAAGAGCAUCAAAAAACUGGACAGCUCCGAGCUGUCCGAGCUCUCCAAAAGCAUCGCGGAGGAGCGGAACAAGCUACGCCUCUUCGUUGUGAAGGCAAAGUCAGACUUCGAGGAAAGAAAGGAAAAGGCCAAGGCCAUGCACCAGACGGUCCAGAUGGGCGAAACUGAUGAGAACGAGUAUUAUUCUGCCUCUGUUGGGGAAGAGAUGGCAAGCCGCUACAGGGUUGAGGCUGCCAUUGGCCGCGGGGUGUUCUCAAGCGUGUACCAUUGCAAGGGUUUGAAGGAUAGCAAAGACUAUGCCAUCAAGCUGAUCAGAGCCAAUGCCAUGAUGCGACGCGCUGCAGACAAGGAGGUGGAGAUGUACAAACGUUUGGAGAAAGCUACAGGUGAAGAUCCGGAGGGCUUCAAGCACAUCAUCAUUCUGGCUGAUAUGCAAACCUUCGAGCACAAUGGACACUUGAGCUUGGUGUUCGAUCUGCUGAAGUGCGAUAUGCGUUUCGCACUCCAGAAGUAUGGUAUGGGUGGAGGUCUCUCUCUGCCUACCUUGCAGCAGUACGUCAGGCAAGUCUUCCUGGGGCUACGUGCUUUGCGAAUUGCGAAGGUCAUGCAUGCAGACCUCAAGCCGGACAACAUUUUGAUGACAUUGAACAAGGCUGAAAUCAAAAUUUGCGACUUUGGCAGUGCGAUGGAUGCAUCUGAGCAGGUGAAAACAGCGUACCUACAACCUCGGUACUACCGUGCUCCAGAGAUCAUGUUGGGAGUUCCCUAUGACAUGGGCAUUGACAUGUGGAGCGCAGGCACCACUGUCUUCGAGUUGUCAACGGGGAAAAUCCUUUUCACUGGAAAAACCAACAACCAGAUGAUGGGCAAGAUGAUCUCGGUGGUCGGCAAAUUCCCUGACAGAAUGUGGAAAGUGGGUGAAUUUGCCAGGAAACACUUCAACGAAAAUGGGGACUUCAUGAGCCAGGAUCCGGACUCCAUCACUGGAUUGCCCGAUGUGGUUCAGCUGUCCAAACCUACUCGUACAGUGCUGAAUCUGCUCCAGGCAGAGCUGAAGCAUCCCAACGCAGGGGUGGAGCGGAAGGACCAUGAGAAAUGGGUGGUGCAACUUGCUGAGCUUGUCAGCAAGUGCUGCGUGCUUGAUCCAAAAGAAAGGAUGAAACCCGCCGAGGCUUUGGAGCUUCCAUUUUUCAAUGCAAACAGAGACUAA